UGACGGCGCAUCGUCUCUUGAAUAAAGUGUGUUUACUGGGCCGAUUUAUCAUAAUAUCCAUUUAUUAUUCCAAUUUUGCGGAUAACGAACUGUUAUGUAUAUAUGAGAGACAAUAUUUUAAUUAUUGAUACAUGUUUUAUUUGUAAAUAAAACGAAAAAAGGAGAACUACUUGCAUGUUAAUUUCGAACAGUCUCUGCGUGCACGAUGGCAACUUUACUUAGUUUUUCAAGACUUUUUCAUUACGCGGCGACUAAUUGUUUGAGAAGAAUGACACCGAUCGCAAUUUGCAAGCAAUGUUAUCCGGGAUUAAGAUUAUGGGAGACACCAGUAGCAGAAUAUCGAACAGCUAAGCCACCAUGGAUGAGAGAAGUUCCAGAUUAUCAAACAGAAGUGCAGGAGUGGAAUGAAGAGAAAGAUAAAAUAUGCGCUGAUGUGACAAAUGAAAUCAAUAAUCAAGUAGCAAUGGACAAGAUCGGACGUAUGUUUGCGGUUGUACAAGUAUGUGGAAAACAGUUCAAAGUAACGGAAAACGACAUUAUCAUUAUUGAAGGAUUCUGGCCACCAAAUAUAGGCGAUCGUUUGAAGCUGGAGAAAGUAUUGCUCGUUGGAAAUACCGAUUUCACUCUUGUAGGAAGACCGCUCUUAAACAGAGAACUAAUUUCGGUCGAUGCAACAGUUAUUGAGAAAACUUUAUCUCACACAAAAACUCGCUUUAGGUUUCGAAAGAGGAAACAAUAUCGCCGUAUAAAUUUCUUCAGAAUACAGCAUACAAUGCUACGAAUUAACUGCAUAAAUAUAAAUGGAAACAUCGACGAAAAGAAAGAAGUUGAAGGAUUAGAUAGAGUGUAUUAACAAUAUAAUGUGUAUAUAUAUAAAUAAAAAAAAUAUACUCCAAAUAUUAUAUAUACAAUAUAAAUAUUAUAUAUCUUCUAGAAUAAGGAAAAAAAAAGACGUAUGACUGUAGACGUGCGACAUCUAGUACGCACUAGAAUGGAAUGGAAUGGAAUGGAGUGGAGUGGAGUGGAGUGGAGGAAAUUGCAGCCUGAGCCACCUAAGCAGUGACGGAAACAACGUCGCGCGGUGUGGUCGAUCGUUUUCUUUUCAUCCUAGCUCGAUCGGCAAUUAUUGCUGUCGACAUUCCUACAGCUGGACUCGUACACUCCGUUCAGAGAGACACAAUUUCUCACGGAAUUUUUGAAAAUCACGUGAAAAUGUUUUUCACUAUUGGCAUAUACGCCGGAUACUGAACACUUUUCCAACCUGUAUCUUCGGCGCUGAGGAAAAGCGGAAAUUUUGUAGUAA